ACCCAGAUGCAAACUCACCAGCGCGCGCCCUUUCUCCUGCUGCGCGCGCGCUCACCCGCCCGUCCGCACUCACGCGAGCGGAGAAAUCAAAACACUCAAACCAUCCACACUGAGAAACAACCGAGAAAUCCUCGCUACUCAACGGACGAAUGAUCAGCACGGAGCCAUCGCGGCGUUUGUCUCUCUAUGGACGCGAACGAAGCGGGACGAACAACGGUUUCGCGUUAAAUACGCCGGAGUUUGCGCGUUUCGCCGAGCGUUGUGAUAUUUCACUAAAGAAGUUUUAAAAACAAGUUUGGACCGGAUUCUUUUAGGAGUUGGACGCUGUUAAGAUCGCAUCCCGCCUGCUGCUCGAGCGCCUGUGAGGAGCUAUCUACUCAAGACUACAAAACAUGGAUUUAUUGCCUCAUUUAACCAUAAAACUUUGAUAAACUGCGCGAGAUUGCGUGUAGCAGCUGUUUUGCAGCCUUUCCCAGCAUUUCUUGUUAAGGAAAAUAUCUAUUGUUGUCCAGAGAGAAACAUUUUUUGCUGUGACAGGACGCAUUAACAGAGCCAAACAUGUCAGUUCAUGAUGAAGAAGAGGAAACUCAUCUGAUUCUCUGAGGAGAAAACGCGUCUAAAUCACAUUUUAGCGUCGUUAUUGUCUUUAUCUUCUGUAAUAAUGUGUCUUAAUAAUUGGAUUAUUUCGUAAUUGCUCUAUAUUGGACAAACUGAACGGUUAGUUCUCAAACUAGGUGGGUUUAAUACUUUAACAAGUUUAUUAAGCGUGUUUAUAAUUGGGAAAGUCAUUCCCGCAUAACCAACCUUAGGCAGUUUAGUGCCCUUUGGACCGCGGAGAGGAAGUGGCAUCAUUUCUUGUCAGUUUUAUCUUGGCACUUCUCUCGUUUGCGUGCGCUGGACUGCUCGUUUUCUUUAUUCUUGCCUCCUGUUUUGCUUCGUUCUUGUCAGUAUGGAGGAGUGGAGGCAGUGCGGGCGCUGGCUGAUAGACUGUAAGGUUUUGCCCCCGAACCACCGGGUCGUUUGGCCCUCAGCGGUGGUUUUUGACCUGGCCCAGGCGCUCAGAGAUGGGGUGCUCCUGUGCCAGAUGCUGCACAAUCUGUCUCCCGGUUCCGUGGACCUAAAGCAGAUCAACUUCCGCCCUCAGAUGUCACAGUUUCUGUGUCUGAAGAACAUACGAACAUUCCUGAAAGUGUGCCAUGAUAAGUUUGGCUUACGGAACAGCGAGCUGUUUGAUCCCUUCGAUCUCUUUGACGUGAGGGACUUUGGGAAGGUGAUCUCUGCGCUGUCCAGAAUCUCCCACAACAGCAUCGCACAGAUCAAAGGCAUCAGGCCUUUUCCAUCAGAGGACACUGCACUGAAUGAAGAUGAUGUGUACCGGAGCUUGGAGGAGCUGGCAGAUGAGCAUGAUGUGGGAGAGGACGACAUCUAUGACUGCGUCCCCUGCGAGGAUGAUGGGGACGACAUCUACGAGGACAUCAUCAAGGUGGAGGUUAGACAGCCUAUGGUGAGUGAGCCACCAUACGGACGACGCUCAUUGAUCAGAUACAUGCAGAAAAUGGGCAUGACUGAAGAUGAUAAGAGGAACUGCUGCUUGGUGGAAAUUCAGGAGACUGAGGCAAAAUACUACAAGACACUGGAGGACAUUGAGAAGAAUUACAUGAUCCCCUUGAAGCAAGUGUUAACACCACAGGAGAUGGAGGCUAUAUUUGUAAAUUUAGAGGACAUUAUCAGAGUCCAUUUUGCUCUGCUGAGGGCUAUUGACCUGACCAUGGUGAGUGGGGGCAAUGGCCUGGGGAAGAUCUUUCUGGAUUUCAAGGAGAGACUGCUGAUUUACGGCCAAUACUGCAGCCAUAUGGAGAACGCUCAGAAGACACUGGAUGAGCUGAUUGCCACACGAGAAGAUGUCAAAUGUAAAGUGGAGGAGUGUACCAUGAAGGUUCAAGAGGGGAAGUUCAAGCUGCAGGAUCUCCUGGUGGUCCCCAUGCAGAGGGUCCUUAAAUACCACCUUCUGCUAAAGGAGUUAGUGAGUCACUCUAUGGACCGACCAGAGAGGCAGCAGCUUAAAGAAGCACUAGAAGCCAUGCAGGACCUGGCCAUGUAUAUCAAUGAGGUGAAGAGAGACAAUGAAACCCUGAAGAAAAUAAGUGAAUUUCAGAGCUCUAUAGAAAAUCUACAGGUUAAGCUAGAGGAGUACGGUAGGCCAAAGAUAGACGGAGAGCUCAAAGUGUGCUCUAUAGUAAACCGGACCAAACAAGACAGAUAUAUCUUCCUGUUUGAUAAAGUUGUGAUUGUUUGCAAGAGGAAAGGUUAUAACUAUGAGUUAAAAGAGGUUAUCGAACUUCACCUCUACAAGAUGUCUGAUGACCCCAUGAAUAACCGUGACAUGAAAAAGUCGAGUGGAAAAAUGUGGUCGUACGGCUUUUACCUGAUCCAUCUGCAGGGGAAACAGGGAUUCCAGUUCUUCUGCAAGACAGAAGACACCAAACGCAAAUGGAUGGAGCAGUUUGAGAUGGCCAUGUCAAACAUUAAACCCGAACGAGCCACUGCCAACCAGCACAACUUCCAAAUGCACACGUUUGAGAAGAACACCAACUGCAGAGCCUGUAAAAUGCUGCUGAGGGGUAUUUUCUACCAGGGAUACUACUGUUCUCUCUGUGGGACAGGCGCACAUAAGGAGUGUCUGGAGAUCAUUACCAUCUGCAAAAUAAGUCCCCAUGAUUCGGAGCCGGGGCUUCCUCAAUCAGGUCCAAAAAUGGUGGCCAUCCGAAAUUACCAUGGUACUCCGGCCCCGCCUGGCAAGAUACCACUCUGCUUCCAGACAGGAGAAGUCAUUGAACUGUUGAAGGGAGAUCCAGACACAUCAUGGUGGGAGGGUAAGCUCAUUCAAACCCAAAAGACUGGCUACUUUCCCAGUUCCAGUGUGAAACCAUGUCUAGACCCUAAGCCUUUCCAGGCAUUUUCCAACCGUCAGUCCUCCAGGGAGACGGAUUACUACGUUUAUCCAUGGUUUGCAGGAAACAUGGAGCGGCAGCAGGCCGACAACCUGCUCAAGUCUCACAGCAGCGGCACCUAUCUUAUCCGAGAGAGAACGGCAGAGGCGGAGAGAUUUGCAAUCAGCAUUAAGUUUAAUGAUGAAGUGAAGCACAUUAAAGUUAUUGAGAAAGACAACUGGAUUCACAUCACAGAGGCCAAGAAGUUUGAAAGCCUCUUGGAGCUUGUGGAGUAUUAUCAGAGUCAUUCACUGAAGGAGAGUUUUAAGCUGUUGGACACAACAUUACGGUACCCUUACAAAUCCCGGGAACGCUCAAGCUCUCGCACCAAUACCCGCUCACCAGCAGCCACCUGUGCUUCCUACAACUUCUCCUUCCUUAGUCCUCAGGGCCUCAAUUUCUCCUCUCAAAGCUCUGCUCCCUUCUGGUCAGUAUUCACACCCAGGGUAGUCAGCACAGCUGUGGCGCGAUACAACUUUGCUGCCCGAGACAUGCGAGAGCUGUCACUGCGAGAAGGAGACAUCGUCAAGAUCUACAGCAAGAUUGGGGGAGACCAAGGCUGGUGGAAAGGAGAAGCCAACGGCAGGAUUGGAUGGUUUCCCUCCACGUAUGUUGAUGAGGAGGGUGUGCAGUGACACUCUGGGCUCACAGAUCAUCCAAUCAGAUUGCGUUCUGAUCCGCAGCCGUCUGAGAGGACUCUUUGCUUCCCAUGGCAUCACCUCAUGGAAGACUUUUCGCUGGAAUCAUAUUUUACAAUGAUUUUUUUUGUACCUCUGUCUCAUUUCGUCAUGUACGGAUAUGCCCCCCCACUCCCUUUCUCGGAAUGUCUGUGUGAUCUCUGUGAAGAAACCUGCUCAGAGUCUGUUCGUUCUCAGCAUCGUCCGAGGAAUCUGUGAACCAAGCAGAACUUUGCCUUGAAGUAGCCAAAGGACAAGCAUGGCUUUAAGUUUGUACAGUAGUACCUGUGAUGUGCGCUGCUGGCCACAGUGGUAUAAUCGGGGUGGGAUGAAUAAAUAUAUAUAUAAAAAUAUAAAUAUAAUUUAUUAAAGAGAUAUAUCUAUGAUUAUAAUGCAGCGUUGGACAUUGGUCCAGUGGCAGCUGUGCAAAGAAUAUAUGAGAGCAGAAAAGAUGCACUUUGCAUUUCUUUACAGAGAGAUUUUGCCUUAGUAAAUGGUAAUGCCUUUAGAGAUGGAGGUAAAAAGAGAUGGAUUUAGACUCAUCUUGCACAUAUACACUCGUACAUCCGCCCUGUCCAGAAACACGGUGCCUUUUUUUACAUGUUUCUCACUCCCAACAGCGUCUGCUUUAUGAGGCUGCAGCAUUAGCAUCUCUGUUCUGUGGCUGUACACUUUCAAUCAACUCAUUCAAGCAGAAGACCACACAACAUCAGAGUGAACAUUUCUUUGACUGAAAUGAGCAGUGACCAGAUCUGCUCCUCAUCUCACUGGAACAAAAGGAGCAGCUGACCGAGAGUGUUAUGUCUUGGACAAUGAAGGAUACAUCCACCAUUAUGUCUUCCUCUUAAUCUGAGAGGACGCUAACGUGCAAUGGAGUAUCAGGAAUAGUCUCCUUGAAUGCUGUGAUUAGCUUUUCUAUCCACGUCCUCAGUGGUCCCAAUUUGGACUGAAAGGGAAAGUGAAAUGCUGCACUGAUCUUCAUGAAUACCCAGAGGUUUUUGUGACUUUUUUGUCGUCUUUUACAAGCACAUACAUAUUGCCAUUGCGUGUUUCUCAUCUGCAGCCUGCCACAUUACAGUAUCUUGCCUUACUGGUGGACACUUGGUGCUACAGUGCUACAUAUUGCAGACAUUGAGUUGUUUUGCUGUCGUUCUGGAUGAGGAAACCCACUGCUGAAGAACCUCAGCCAUCAAGUGCACUUUAUCUGUCCAGAGACCUUUUAACAUGGGACACCACACUGCAGACCUGGACAUUAAAUUUUCAUAUUAUUUAAUAAUAAGAAGAACCGUCCUUGUUUUUACCUCUGGAAGAAGUAUAAAAUCCUUCACACUAUGAGCAACGGUCCUUCAGUCCCAUAUUGAACAUUACCUGUAAACUUCAUAAGUGCAUGGAUGUGUGUCCCUCAUACAGUCCUCUGAGAAAAACCUUUAGCUGUUGCCAUCAGAAAUUGAACCCAUAAAUUGAACGUGGGAGAGUGCUGGACUCUAAUAAAGCAUGGGAUGUGGUUUUAGCUUGAGUACAGCUGUCUGCUGUGAUGGAGGAGUGCGGCUCAGGUCAAGGUGCUGCUGGUUUAGGGGCUUAAGUACCUGUUUGUGUAGUGGACAAAACCCAUUGCAUGUGGUCAUAGAUAUUACAACUGCUGUCUGUGGAUCCUGAAAAAAGGAAAAAAGAGAAAAAAAACAGGAAGCUGUGUACAUUUUUGAGCGGUCAGUUAUUUGGAAACUGAGGUCUAUCAUCAAAUAAAUAUUUCUCUUUUGCCUA